AUGAGUGGUAGCAAAAAAGAGUACCAACUUGAAGACGGCAAACUGAUCUUGGACCGUGUCCGUUCUUAUUUCGUUGUUCCCUUAGCAAACCCACCAAAAGAUGUCGUCCUCUCACGUGAUGACUCCUUAUAUAAAGAUAUCGCCGUAUAUUUUGAAGAAUCGUUGAAACAAGCUGGUUGCAGAAUAGUAUCGAUUUCAGUUUUACAGAACAGACAAGUUUGGGAAAGAUAUCACCAAUUCAAGAGUUUGCAACAGGCGAUCGAACAAGAAGAGAGAGCAGCGAAAAAUUUACAAAAUACUUUCUUCGAAACUGCAUUCAAAGAUACCGUAUUAUUUCACGGUACUCAGCCAGAUAACGUAACUUCGAUAUUAGAUCAUGGAUUGGAUGGAAGAUUCUCUAAAUCGUACGGUAAUUGCGGUCCUGGAAUAUAUUUAUCACCGAGUUUUGAAAAAUGUGAUCUCUUCGCAAGCCGUUAUAGUCCUUCACAAAGGUCAUUAGUGGUUUGCGUGACUGCGCUAGGCAAAAUAUAUGACAAUACCAUAACACAAACCGUUAGUCCACACACCAAAUAUCCGCCUAAAGGAUACAACAGCGUUAAACAUUUUGUUUCCGUUUCUGAUGAAUAUGUCGUUUACGAAAAUUCACAAGUAUUGCCGAUAUUGGCUGUUACUUAUGAAAAAAUUGAAAAAAAUAUUCCUCGUCCUAUCACGAGUUCAUUUAUACUACCACCACCACCUUUUCCGGUUGUUUCGUCAUUUACAGCAUCUACUCCUCAAAUUAUAACAUCCGGUCACAAUGUAAAAUUGGCGAUGGGUUCAGCACCUAAAUUUACUACAUUAAAUAAUAAUACCUGCAAUUUUGGACCUUUGGUUCUGACAAAUUUAUCAACUAUUCCGCCACCGACUUUUCAUCAACGACCAUCAUUUUCACGAUUUCCGUUUCUUCAACAUCUCUCGCCGUCGAAGUCUUUAUCCGGAAAUUCACAUACCGAAUCUAAUUGGUGUAUGCGAAAAGCACAUCAAAUGUUAAAUCAGUGGGAGGCUCAAGUCAAUUUCAAUCAAGAUCUCUCAAACAUUUAUGGCGCCUUAAUGGCAGACCGACAGUUCUGGCCUCAACAAUCCGGUGGAUCUUACCCAAAUUUGGGAUCAUAUUUGAAUUUUGCAUUGUCAAGUCAGCGUAAUAAAACUCUGAUAAAUCUUGAUCAAGGAUUAGUUAAUAUGUUGAAAACUCUGAAUAGUUAUCAAGGGAUAGUACAUGCGAAGAGGCAACAAGUGGAGGCAAAUAGAUCUGUUAAUUUGCAACAGGUUCUUACGACGGUCAGUCAGAAACGGCUUCAGGAAGCUAUUUCUUCACAAGAGAGUUGUACUAUAUGUGCAGAAUUGUUACUUACGUUCGCUUCAAAUAAGGAUAUUGUACAAAUGAAUAAUUGUCCUCAUCUAUUUCACCAAUCUUGUAUCGGGACUUGGCUUAGUAUGCCUUCUUCACAAAUGGUUUGCCCAAAUUGCAAAACCCCUUGUCAUGAUCCUAUGGCACCUCCACCUAUUGGACCAAUGCCUGAUGGGGAGAUGGCAUAUAUUUUUAGCGAACAUCUAGGUGCUUGGUUUAUUUGUUAUGGGAUUCCAAAUGGUACACAAUUGCCGUGUCACCUCACGCCGGGACGACCAUUUAAAGGCACCACAAGAACAGCUGUUUGUCCAAUUUAUUUUAAAUGGGGUCCACUUUUGUUUAUUCGUCUGGUUGCGGCAUUCUAUUAUCAUCAUACAUUUACGGUUGGAACUUCACUUACGACCAACAUGUCGGAUACGAUCGUUUGGAACGGCAUUCAUCACAAGACGUCAAUAGAUGGUGGAUUUGGUUUUCCCGAUUCAACGUACGAAGAAAGGGUUUCGCUGGAAUUGGAUGCAAAGGGGGUACUAUUGUUCCUUAGGGAUGUAGUUUCCAAUGGUUAA